UAAAUCGAUUUAUUAUUGAGACUAUAUUCUUUAGACUGUAAUUAACAUAUAAGCUUAAUUAUAGAACUGUCAUGUUAAUUGGACAUUAACUAUUUUCCCCCUUUUUGUUGCGUAAACCCAUACGUCGCUUUUUAUCAUAAUAGCAGGUCUCUGAUUUUGGGCAGAACAGAUCCUGCUCAAAGAAAAAAAUAUUUGAUGAUUCAUACAGAUUUACAGACACCAACAUCAUGUGCUGAUUCCAUUAUUUGAAUGAAAAUGCCAACUUCAGUGAACCUUAUCUAUGCUGAUAAGAAAUAGAUUUGAAUCUUCCCGCCUUCUUUGUCCAUCACAGGUUCUAUUGGGAUUUUAAAGUCGGGGCUAUUGCUGUCACAUGAAUUCUUUUUAGGAUACGUGACAGCUGCGUGUUGUGGUAGCCUCUACUCGCCAACUUGUGACACCUAUUGGGAGGCACCUCAGUCUGGAAGUGAUGGAGGAUAAUAAAAUGAAGGAAGGAUUUCUAGAAAAAGGAAAUGCGAAUUUUGAAUCUCGAGUUUAUGAGAAAAAGGAUUCCCUUCUAGAUCAUAUGGAGAUUAAUGUAAUAGAAGCUGAGAAGAGAGAAAAUGGAGCAUUGAACAUUAGAGAUUUCUACACAGUUUAUCUUAUAGAAACAAAAGUCACAGACCCUGAAUUUAAUGGAGCAUUUAGUAAAAUAAGUGCAUUGUGGCGACGCUAUAGUGAGUUUGAACUUCUGAGGACUUACUUGGAAGUAACAUAUCCAUAUGUUGUAUUACCACCUUUGCCUGAAAAGAAAGUGAUGUAUACAUGGCAGAAGGUUGCUUCAGAUACAUUUGAUCCAGACUUCGUUGAUCGUCGAAGAGCAGGUUUAGAGAACUUUUUACUCCGUGUUGCAUCUCAUCCUGUUAUAUCACAUGACCACUUAUUCAUUGGAUUUUUACAACAAGAAGAAGGUUGGCGAGAAAGUAUCAAAGAAACAGGAUAUCUGCAAUUAGCAGAAUCAAAGUUGAAAGCUCUUAGUGUUUCUGUCAGAUUAAAACAGCCAGAUAAGAGAUUUGAAGCAAUAAAGAACUAUGGCAAUGAGUUGCAGAGCAAUCUCAGUAAUUUAUUGCGUGUUAGAGCCAGAAUGGUGGAACGCUUAUAUGGUAUUCAUAAAUUACAUGCCAAUUACGGGCGUAUAUUCAGUGAAUGGAGUGCAAAGGAAAAAGAAAUGGGUGAUGGUUUGCAGAAAGCAGGUCAUUACCUUGAUUCGUACGCUGCAGGUAUUGACAUUCCACUUGAGGAAGAGGAACUUUUUGCUGAUCAGUUGAAAGAGUAUCUUUUCUUUGCUGGUGCAUUACAGUCUGUAUGUCGACGCCAAGAAAUGUUACAGUAUCAUUUGGAAAGAGCAGAAAGCGCUGUAGCUUCACGUACCACUGAAAAAGACAACGUGCAGAAAGGCAAAACAGGGUUGAUGACAAGAUUAUUUGGGUCAGCUGACACUGAUGAAGUUCGUGAAUUGAAAGUGAAUUUACUGGACCAGAGAAUUCAAGAAGGGAAAAGCAGUAUUAGAAAUGCUCAGGAAGAGUUAAAUGAUUUCGCUGCUAAUGCCUUAAUUGAUAUUGAACGAUUCCAGCAUCAAAAGGUUAUUGAUCUUCGUGAAACCCUGGCUGGUUAUGUUGUAUUACAGGUGAAAAUGUGUCGCAAGGGUUUACAGACUUGGACCCACAUCAGGGAUUGCUUGGAAGCUAUUCCAUAAAGCCAGGGAGCAGAGUGGAUUCAAUGUGCUGAAAUUUAUGGCAGUGUUGUAACUUGUCUUUCUCUCUGAUUUGUGGUAAACUAGUUUGGGAGGUUGCUUGUAUUGCUAUUCACUGCAUCACUUCAUUUCCUUUGUUGAUUUAAUUUCAAAAAUAAAUUUAUGAGAAUUCUGAUUUACAAUGGUUUCAAGGUUGUGAAUCAGAAUUAUUAUGAGAUAUUUUUGUUGUCAUGAAGUUAUGCAAUGUUGACUGUUAAAAUAAGAGUUGCUGUUAUCUUAAUUGUUGAAAUUAAAUUAUUGAUCUGAUAAACAUAGGUAUGCUGAAUGAGUAUAUGAUUAUAAUAUUAGUAUCAUCCUUCUUUAGUGAAAUCGGUUUCAAAUGUACAGUUACGACUUCUCAGUUUGGAAAUGGUAUUUCCGCUAGUUGACAGUCAAAAGAAAUUUUAAAUGCAAAGCAUUCCAUUAUGAAAUAAAUUGAAAUAUAAUUAUUUUGGUUUAGAAUAUCUAUAUCUUGGGAAAUUCUUUUGAAUAAUGUAUUUCAAAUGGAUCACUGAGCAGAUUGUUGCAGUCUUUGAUAAAUUAGUUCCUUAAAUCUAAUUUUUUGCCGUGUAAAUGAAGCUCAUUAUAUUUUCAGUUUAUAUUGUGUUAAUUUUAAAUGUGAAUUCGUAUUUCAAAGGGAGUGAAAAUAUUACUAUUCUAAUGGCAGUUGAGAUCUUAAAUUUCUUUCUUAUUGCUCUGUAUACAUGUUGGCUCGCAUAAAGAGUUAAUUUACAAUUAUACAUACUGUUAAAUAGUGGUCUUACCAUUUCACUCAUUUUGUGAUCUCAUUGAAGAACAAUCGAAUGAUGUAGGACAUUUCUGUGUAUUAUUAUUUUUUGAAUUCUUUUUAAAUGUCAAUUAUUUUCAUAAGGGUUUAAUGUGUUGUGCAAGAGUGAUGCAAAAGUUUCUGUGGCAUCUGUUCUCUAAUAUGUAAGUAAUUUAUUUCACUGUGAUAUGUGAUAUUGCUUGUGUGUGCAAGUGUUAAUGCACUUGCUUAAUAUGUAUAAAAUUUGUUCAUCCAAAAAAUGGAUUGAUCAUCAUUAAUUGAUAUCCUAUAACAUGCAAUAUUAAUAAUGUUGCAGAAGAAAAAAACAUUUUAUUUAAUAUACAUGUGAAUUUCUAAAAAUUGUACAUGUCAAAAGUUGUAUUUUCAUGUAAUUAAUUAGAAUUUUAUGCUUUAUUAUUUGAUAUACAUUGUUUAAUUAAUGAGUUAAAAGAGAGUGAUAACGAAGACCAGAGAGAAGGAAAUAUUUUCUGAGCAUUAAUUCCUUAUAUAACAUUCAUUAAAAUGCUAUCAUAGUUUAGAAGUAUGUCUGUAUUAUCUAAUUCUCUGAAGUGAAAGAAUGGAAAUUAAAUUGAUAGUUCAGAACACAAUUUAACAUAGAAUAUUAGCUUAGAUUGCAGAUUUUAAUUUGACUGUGAAAUUAUGUGUUCUUGGCAUCUGUUUCCCCUGUAAGAAAACUUAUUGUUUAUUUACACUCUUGAUGAUGUUACACAAGGAAUUAUUGCUCUAAUGCAUAUUGUAUAAGUGACUAGGAUGCUGCUGGUCAACACUAAAAAUAUUUUUGUGUUGAUAAACUUAAUUAGGAAACCAAGAAUAUUCACAUUAUUGAAUUGUCCAUAUUGAAAUAUAAGUCUUAUUUUAAUGUGAAACACAAUCCUCAAAACAGGAGUCCAAUUUUUGUUGUGUACAUUUCCAAGACCUGUUUUUCUUUCAAAUAUUAUGAAGAUUUUGAAUAUCAGUUACAGUGAAUCCUUUUAGUAUUUCUCGUAGAAUUGAGAGAAAAAGAACAUUGAGUGGCUGAGCUAAGCAAUUCAUGUUGUGUAAUUCGGUCUGCAAAGUUGAAAAUUUAUAAAUUUCUUUUUUUCCCCAAAAGGCUGUUUCACCUUGAUUCUCAAAAAAGAUUAACCACAUACUCAGAACCCACUGCUUUAUAUAAGUGAUUGCCUCAUAUAAGUUAGUCCACAAUCUCAUGGCGUGAAGGUCACUUAGCUCUGGUUUCGGAAUUGACAUUUUUAAAUGCAUAAAGAAUAUUCUAAGACAGAUAUAUGCAUCUAAUGUUAUAACUAUUUUCUUUUAUUAUAAAAGCCAUCAAAAUUAGUCAAUAAAAUGCAGUGUUGGCCUAAAAGUCACUGUCAGGUAUACAAUGUGCUUAAACUAGAAUCUUACAAGACUGAUGACUGCCUGAUGAGUUUUUCUGAGAAGGCAUUUCAACAGCUUUUUCAAGAGGUUCUUUAACUUUCCACCUGAAUGGUAGUAUAAUGGUUUAGAGGCAGGAAAUUGGAUUGAGAUGCAACAGGAAGACGAGCAAGAAUUCUGGAACAUUCCAUAUAGUUACCAUUAUACUUAUAAUUAAAAUGCAAAUCAGUGGCUCCGAGAUCAUGGAUAGAAUAAAAUAAAAAAGUAUUGCAAGAUAUUGAUAUUGUAUCAUCCGUUUGAUGUGUAAUUAAAAAACGUGUAUUGGAUGAUGGUAUAUUACAAACAAAACGCCUAUUAAUGGUGAACGUUGGAACAGAUUUGGUCAGUUUUGCUUACUUUCAUUUGUAAGCAAAUGUACCCCGGAGUUGUAUCUGUUUUUAUUUGUGAUAUUGAUAUUAAUUUUUUUUAUAUAUAAGUACUUUUAUUUUGAAUUGUAUCAUAUCUCUGCAAAAUGAACACAUGCCUUCUGUGAGCAUUUGCACCUGCUUUUGAACUUAUUCAAAUUCUACAUCCCAUAAAGCUGUUUAUAUAAUCAAAAUAGUGGCAAACAAUUCCCGCACAACAAAUGCUAGUCAUUUCCUAAGUGUAUGCUAAUCCUACAUCUUCAUUCUUUUUCUUCAAACAUGUAGAAGUAAUUUUGGAUACAAAAAGUAGCUUUUCAAAGAUAAAUCUGUGCUGUAUAUAUAAUAUGUGACUGACAUCCUUGGAGGUAAUCUGAAAUACACAUUUGGCAUUUAAUACAAGAUAGUCUCCAAAGCUGAGAUUUUCAUUACUGAGCUGAUCAAUAAUUAUUUCUUUCUUUCUUGAAAUAUUGGAUAGAAUCCAACUCUCUUAAUGAACAUACAUUGAAGGGAAAUUUCUGAUUUCACAAUAUUUAGAAAAAAGUCUAUUAUUCAACUUUAUAUAUAAACUUGGUAAAUUAGAACAUUUGUCAUUAUUUGAAGUUAUGUAAAAACAUUAAUUUUAUACUUCUGACAAAAAGGAAAUUAUUCUGUAGAAAAGGUUAGAUCUUUAAAUAACACAAAUUCUAAACUGGUAACAAUAUCUUUGUAACAGUAACAUUUCUAUGGAUUGUUUAUAUGUAAUAUAAAAGCCAAAAACAUUGCACAUUCCUUGGCAGUGGGAGAAACAUUAAUUAUUGAGUUUACACAUUAUUUCUAAUAAAUCAUUAUAUUGAAAGAUAUUUGACUUUGGAAUUGAUAUGGGAAACUUGAUUUGUUUAUGGAGUCAUGCUCAAAACAAUGACAAAUUUCCAGAGUAAUUGUGUUCUUACUAGGCCUAGGGUGCAGAAACUUGGAACAUAACAAAAAUACAUCUGAUGUUACUAGACCCUUUGCAAGUUUCUGCAAGAAAAAUCUUCCAAAUGUUAUUUGUUGUAUAUUCAGUUAUUUACAGGAAAACUUGUGUUGAAUGCAUAAUUGUUAUAUGUACCUGAAUUUGGAACACAUUAGGAGACUUAUCUGAUGUACCAAUCCUUGAAUGUGAUGUUUGUGCUGCAAAGCUUGAUUAGAGCAUUUAUUACUUUCAAAUUCAUUGCAGGUCGAUGAGCUUCAAUCGCUAUGUAGGUCAGUUUGCAAAAAAAAAAACAUUUUGAGAGAAAUAUUUAUUGAAUGAGAUGCUAUUUUCACCACUAAUAUUCAAGGCAAUAUUGUAAAUUUUUACUAUGCCAAAAAGAAAGGGAGAAUUUUUAUGUCAACAAAUUAGAACUUUUGCAGCUUUUUACUCUGAACAAUUGACAUUCACUUAAUGCCUAAGAUUUUUGAGGAUGGAUUAUUUGUAUUUUAGUAGAUACUCCUAUACUUGGGUUGUUUUUUCAUACUAAAAUGUAUAUCAACAAGUUUUUCAUCUCUCUUGCAGACAUCAGAAUACCAUGCAAUGAGAAUUUUUCUGAUGAAGUUUCUUUUCUAUAAUUAGUCAUCAGAUGUAAUAAAUUUUGUGACCAAAUUCUCAGUACUUUUUGAUACAUUCAAAUAUAAAUAUUUUGUAAAACCAGAUGCGGAUCCACAGGGGAGGAAAUUCUCCACCCCCCCAAAUUGUUAGUAACUAUUGAUUUUAAGUUGUCCCGAAUCUUUAAAGCAAAAGUUUUUUUUAGAUAAUCGUCAGUGGCAUAGUUGUGACACCAAUUACAAAAUUUCAUAGUUGGAAUUAUAUAAUUUCAAAGAUUUAAUUAAAAAUUAUAUAUUCAGUGGCUACUUUUCUCUUGAUGGGUGAACUGUUCAUGGAAAUGGAGGUAAUACUAACAAAAUUAGAUGCAGUAAGCUUAGAUUUUGAUGAAAUUACACACAAGUUUGCCACCCUUAAAUUUCAGAAAGUGUUUUUAAAAAACAUGCAAUUAUUUAAAAUUAUAUUUCAGUUACUUUGAAUUAGAGAAAUUUUUUUGUGUUAAAUUAAAUACUAACUAAUGUCAUGUGCAAAUAAAACUUACUUUAUAUUAAGUACUGUAUAAACUAUUCAGUAACAUAUUUUUAUAUUUAAUUUAUGUGAGUAGGGGUGAUACCAUCAAGUUUUGCCCCAGAUGACAGCAACUGAAGCUACACCACUGUGUAUUAUAUAAAUAUAUUUCUGAACACAAUUCAUAAUUAUAUAUAACAAUCACCCUCUCAAUAUGCCUCUGGAUCCGCCCCUGGUAAAACCUAUGAUUUUAGAAUAUACUCGCAAUCAAAUUUCACUUUGCUCCUUGUCAUUGAUACUACUGUAAAUCGAGCAUUUAAGUAUUUUUCUAAAUAUUUUCCUGCACAACACAAUCUUAGAUUUUCAUACAAAAAAAUGUUUGGUUGAAAAUAUGCUUCAAACAUUUGGAUAUCCUGAAGAAAAAUGUUUUCUGCAUGAGUAGUUAAGAUAUUCCUUUUUGUCAAUAAUUAAUUUAGUUCAUACUUGUUUUUACUUUUUUUUUAUACAGGCAAAAAGGAAAGAAACGUGAUUGAAGAUUUUAUCCAUUAAUGAAAGUUUGUCAAGUAUUAAUUUUUUAGUUACAAUCCUUCACAGAGAGUAAUUUCUUCACCAGUUUUCUCAUAAGUUUCACAAAAUGCAAGUAAACAAUUAUUUAUUUUCUAUAAAAUGAACAUGGAACAUGAUUCGUACCAAUACUUAACAAGGAUCAUAUUCAGCAGUGUGUAUUAUUUCACGUGUUAGGCAUGUAAGUAAAUUAAAUGUAAACAAUUACCUGUGCUCUACAGAGACAUAUCUUUCCUUGUUGAAGCUAUUGUGCAUAUUAAACUGUAUGUUUUAAUGGACCAAACCAUAUGUAAAUGAAUGUGACUGUCCUUUAUCCAACAUUUAUCUGUGUAAUGGAGUUUAAUGGAUAAAAAUGUGAUGUUUUGGUUGUGAAACAAGCUUGCCUCUUAUGUAGAAGCUUAUAGAAAUGCUAUAGGAGUAAAUAUUGUAUGGUAUACUGCUGCUGAGGUAUUACUUUUCAAUUUAAGAAUAAUAUUAAUUAUGGAGAAUUGAAAAUGUGAUACUUUUUGCGAACAACAAAAUUGUGAAUAGAAACAUUUGUGUAAUUCCUAUUCUUAUGUAUCAAAGAAAUAUAUAGCUUAUAAUGUGUAUUGUUAAUGUAAUGUUUCCUGCAAAAACAUUCUCAAACAAAUAAAUUACAAAAAAAUAUCUAUUGUGCACCUUGUUUUGUAAGAUUUCAUAUUUGUGAUAUUUCAUUCAACCCAAAAAAUAUUUCUUUAAGAGCCUAUUACACAAAUACCAGUUCUUUUUAAUAAAAUUGUAGAUUAAAAGGAAAUUUGGAAGACAUCUUCCACUGGCAACACUGUUAGUUCAAUAACUUCAUAGAAACACCAAUUUACUACAGUAUUUUGUGGUUAAGGUUGGAAAGCUACUACACCAACCUGAUUUACAGAAUGAAUGCUAAUAUCUACAUUUCAAUACAUGAUUAUUAUUCAACUAUUUGAUGUUGUAUUCGUUAGAUCUUUGAGUAAUAAAUAUCUAACUAUACACUUCCUUUUUGAAGUGUUUAUUACAUAGGAAUUCCCCAGAUUUGGAGAAUACGAAAAUCACUCUAGUUUCAAUAACUUCAAAAUCAAAUUAUCUAUAUGCUUUGUAUUAACUUUAGUAGCACACAAAUGUUACAAUGAAGCCAAUUAAAAAAAAAAUGUAAAGUCAUAAAGAAAAUCACUGAUCUAGUAUAAAGUUUUAUUUCUAUUGAAAAUUUGUUCUUUCAUCAUAAUACAAAGGCAAACAAUGAUAAACGUAAUUUAUUCACAAUGUUAAAAUCAAAGAUCAGGCAAUAUUUACAAUAAUCAAUUCAAUCUUAUAUUCACUUAAUAAGCAAUAAGAGAAUAAUAGCAAUUAACAGCAUUCAUUAAUCAGUUUGGAAUUGUAAUACUGUUUAGUCCAAAAAUACAAUAACAACCUAGUCUAGGCAUAAUGAAAGCAAAAAAUAAAACUGUUAGUAUAUCUUAAGAAUUAUUUACAGUUGUUCAUAACAAGAUAAAAUAUGCCCAAUUGCCAUUGAUUUGUGAUACUGAUUUUUUGCCAUCUGCAACACACAUUUUAGCUGGUACGAAGUUGAUAAUCACCAUUUUGUGUUAUGUAUCUCACCCAUGGUAAAGCUUGAUACCCACUUUUCUCAAUGAUUUUCAAAUAUCUUACCUGAAUUCCAGAGGUUGUGAAAUAAGGAAUUUCAAAUUUUACUUGUAUAGGAGGCUUCCCUUCUAUAUCUUCACCCUCUACACUAGGCAAGCCAAAGUGGGCACGCAUUAAAUAUUCCUUUCCACCUGGAAAGGAUUUUAUUGUCCAUGUAAUAGCAUUUUGUUCAGGAGCAUACUUCACACUGCCAAUAGUGGUUUUAAACUUUGGAGAAUCAGCAUCAGCAGGUACAGGUAUAACAAUUUCCACAUUAUUGGCUGUUGAUCUACGUUUAAAUUGUGAUUUUGCCUUUAUCAUAUACUCUACCCUGCUAUGAGCAUGCCGCUCAAUAACUGAUUCAAUCCAAAUGAGAGGUUUUACAUGUGUAUUAAGACGGUAUGACAUUAAUUCAAAUUCACCAUCAGGUGGUAUAAAUGAAAUUGUACGAUCAUUUUCAAAUCUGGACAAUCUAACACACUGAUGAAAUUUGACAUCUUCUAGCUCCACUGAUUUUGAUUUUCCUCUACCAGUACUUUCAAAGAGUACUUUAUCAUUAAGACCUAACCGCAAUUCUGGCAUACCUGACAGAUACACUCUCAUUUUAAUAGCACCCACAAUUUCACUUCUAAGAACAUUGCCAUUAGCAUUUGCCAACAAAUUAACAGAUUCUAUUACAUCUAAAAAUACUUCAUUUUUCCUAUAUUUAAUGCCCUCUGAUCUCCAAGAAACUGCAUUAGUCACAGCCAUAGGUAUCCUUGGCUGUAUUUCAAGCUUAUGACCUUCCUGGGUUAUAUACUCCUGAAGAAUCUUACUAUCAGUAGUUUGAGGAUAACCAAAAUCAAGAAGCUCGUCCAAUAAUUCAUAAAUUAUAACAAAAUUAUCUCUAAUACUUUCCUCUUCCAACUCUUUGAAAUACUCAAUCAUUACUUGAACUAUUUUAUGAAGAAAAACAAAUACCAAUGCUAUGUUUGCAUUCUUCUUUGAGGUUGAUACGAUAUAUAAAUUGUUGUAUUUAAUGUAAGCAAAUGUACAUUCAGUCGUCUGCAGUAUUGGAGUUAACAUUCCUUCCUCCUCUUUCUCCAUGAGAAGGGCCAUGAACUUUUCUAUAACCCCCAUAUCAAUAUCACCCCGGUAAUUUCUAGAAAUAAGCACUUUCCCUUUCACGUCCAGUAUGUACACAGCGGACGACGACAUGAUGACUGCUAUCCUGCACGAUUCUCAGAUAUAAAAAUGUACUCUUCUAGUUUUCAACACUUCGCCAUUAUCACUAGACACACCUGCCGGUCCAAUUACGUAUCAGCACGAGGAGCAACGUUCAAGAAAGGCCACUUCCUUCACAAUUACAACAUCCAUUUUCCAUUUACUGCAUUUGUAAACUGUGUUGCACCAUCUUCAGGUAACGAUGAAUACAAAUACAAUAUAACAAGAAACUGCAGUGCGUGUGACAGAAACCACGUAUGCAAUUACUGGCCAUAGGCCAGCAGUCCAGCACCAGCCAGCAUAGCAUAAGCAACCCAAAGAGUAUAUCUUAAGCAAGCAACCAACCAACCAAGCUUUCGAGCGAGCGAGCGAGUAAGCAACCACG